AUGAGUAACACAAGAACGUUGAAUGAUAUUCAAACAACAAGUGAUCAUAUAAGAAAGAAAAAGAAACCAUUUAGUGGUGUGGGAAAAUCAGUUAGGGGUAGUGAAACUGGAACUAUAACUAUAACUGAAGAAGAUUUUAGAGAUGUAGGACUAAAGCAGGCCAUCAGUAUCCUAGGAGGUGUUGAAAAAUGUUUAGACAUUGUCGAAGGUGUUUGUAAUUAUACUCCAGAGCAUUUGAAUAAUAUGAGUCAGGCAUGUGCUUAUUAUGCUAACGAAUUAAUAAAUAUCGCUAACGAAAUUAAAUCUAUAGAAAACUGUUCUCAUAAAAAUAAUUUGAAGAUCAAACUUUUUGCUACAUAUCAACAGCUUCUGCUGGAGUCUAAUAUAGAUGAAAGACAUAAUAACCACGAAUUGAAAAAACAAGUUCACCGUCUACAACAGUUAGAUAAUAAAAAACGAAAGUGUUGA